GAAACUACACAUUGGCAAUCCUUUAAUAGUAUUCAGAGUAAUCGUACUCCCUAUAUAUUCUUUUCGUGAGCUAGCACUGGCUUAAGAAACUACACAUUGGCAAUCCUUUAAUAGUAUUCAGAGUAAUCGUUAGUAUCAAUCAAGAGAAUAAGCAAAAAAGGGUAUAUAUAUAUAUAUAUAUAUCCCAAUCCCUUCUCUUUUGUCAAAGCCAUACAAAGAUCAGUGAUCCAGCCAUAAGAAAAAAGGAUUAUCCUAUCUUUUCCAAGCUAAGUAAAAAUAGGAUAGGAUGCAUAGUGACGAGAGCAACAACAAUGAUGGUUUCGGGCUGAGUUUGAGCCUGGCAAUGCGGUCCACCGACGGCCCGAAUAGUGGAUUCGAGCCAACCCAUUCUUUUCCUUUGAAUCUUUUGCAUCCUCGCCUCUUGUCUUUCAUGCACCAAAAUGAUACUCUCAAGAAUCUCCCUACUUCCACUACUAACACAAAUGUUUCUGGUGUAGAAGAGAAAAGUGGGGAAAAGAGAAGGUACGAGAGAGCUGGGAUUGACAUAAAUCAGCCGGCACCGACGACGGAGUAUGAUGAACACGUCAUGGGUGCAUCAUCGCCGCACAGCACGGCGGCUUCGACGGUGACCGGGAAGAGGAGCGAGAGGGAAUUUGACGCCGAGGAGGAAGCGGCGGCAGAGAUGACUGGCAGCUCCAUGGAUGAAGAUGGAGACGAGGCGGCUGCAGCCGCCAGGAAAAAGCUGAGGUUGACCAAGGAACAAGCGGCGGUUCUUGAGGACACCUUCAAGGGUCACUGCACCCUCAACCCGAAGCAAAAGGUGGCCUUGGCGAAACAGCUGAAUCUUAAGCCUAGGCAGGUUGAAGUGUGGUUCCAAAACAGAAGGGCAAGGACGAAGUUGAAGCAAACAGAAGUGGAUUGCGAGUACUUAAGACGGUGUUGUGAAAGGCUAGCGGAAGAAAACCGACGAUUAGUAAAGGAAGUGGGGGACCUACGAGCGCUGAGACCGCCGCCGCCGCCGCAAGUGUACAUGAACAUGACCCCUCCCACCACGCUCAUCAUGUGCUCGCAGUGCCAGCGCACUCGGCCGUCGUCCUCCUCCUCCUGCGCCGCCGCCACAUCUCCGAUCUCCGCCACCGUCUCUUGCCACCCACAACAGCCGCCGCCGCCGCAUGCUUCUCUCAUGCAAUGGGCUGCAAUGCUCCAGUCCCAGUCCUCUUCAAAUUGCG